CCUUGCCCUUUCUUCCGUCAGCGCGGCCAGCGGCGCGGUACAGCCAGCAGCCCGCGCAGUCCAGGAACGAACCAUCGUCGCGAGCAGAAGCAGGAUUAGGCGCUUUCUCCUGAAGGGUCUGUGAGCAAGGGCCACGACCGCCAAAAGCCGCGGAAGACCGACUGACUACCGCGCCCGGAUUUUCCAGCAUCGACCGUCAUUGCCGCCGGCAAUCGUUUUACGCGGUUGUUAUACCAUACAUACAACGAUGAAGAACCACGGUGUCUGCUCGGCGCUGGCCUGCGCGCCUCUGGCUCUACUCCUGGCGACGGUGAUAACCCAGGCGUUCCCACAGGGUGGACCGGCCGAGUCUUGCGAUUCGAUGCUGCCCCGGCACGUCUACACGGCGCCCAAGCCAGCGCACGAAUCUCCCUAUACGUUCGUGGCGUCAUCCAACCGCUUUUCCUACCAGAACGUCGACGGCAUCCAAGUUGAGCUGGGCGGCCACCCUUUCAAGGGCUUCUUCAUCGCGGCUAUGGAUCCGCGCACCCAGAAGCGCAUCGGCUCCUUCCUCAAGGUGAAGGGCACCCACCCCGUCAGCUGCAGCGCCGUCACCCACAAUGACGCGCACCCCAAGAGCCACGUGUCCCUGCUCUGGCUGCCACCCCAGAACCAGCCUGAGGGAGAGGUCGUCUUCAUGGCGACUGUCGUGGAAUCGUACGCUCGUUACUACACCGGCCUCGUAGCAGCUGUACCAGCUCAGCAGACGCUGCAGUACAUCAAGAAGAAAUAGGAAGUCACCACGCUUACAUAGGACAAGAGCGGGAGGGUGCGUCAUCCAAGAGCAACACCCUUACCACCUCCGCAAUCGAAAAACAGCCGAUACAUGCGUCCACAAUUACGGAAUCCGUCCGCAUUCAGCAACCAACUCCGCGUACAUUUCGCACAGUGAAUUCGAACAUAUGAGUUUGUAUACCUGACUCCCCGCAGUACUUAUUUUUUCCCUCCCCUAGGCCAUUUAUUUUAUUACUGAGUAGCAUAGAGCUUUAAGCGAAGUCAAAUCUGUCGACGAGUUGAAAGGCACACCUUCGUUAAACCAGGAGAAUAGCUAACUUAAACAUGGAACUCGCACGACGUGGCCUCUAGGACACGUUUAUAUGAGACACACUUUUGCACUUCACAGCGUGAAAAGUCGGGGAUGGGUGAAAGAAUGGGCGAACAUGAUCGCUGUCUUGCUUUGUUUGCUAUGUCCCUGUUGUUUUGUGCUGCAAACCGUUAAUAUAACCUGACUUGCCCAGUAAACACAUAAAUAGCGACACAUUUAUCCAUUGACAUGAUAGGCGCGACACCAAUCAGAUACAGGCUCCUUCUUGACGCGCCAGGACCACCAGUAUGAACACAUUCCUCAUAACUUGAAGCCUCCUCGCUUUUGCGUCGCUGUCGUCACUAGUGGAGGUGAACCGCCGUCGCGUGUAUUUCUGCGCCCUGCUGCCCUAGAAGAGCCAACGAGACUACGGGAGAGGCUUGAAAAGUUUCACAGAACGUUGUACAGAAACUAGCGUGGUUUUACUCGAAGAAGAGUAGCGAGGUCGAAAAGCUCUUGUGUUGCGAAGAAUCAUCGUUCUUCUUUUCUUUUUUUUUAAAUCACUGUAGCCUACAAGAAUAGCUUCACUUAAAACAUACUCUGCGCUAAAAAAUAAACGUUAUUAACAACAUCUUCUCUACAUACCUUUCGAACAGAAACGCCGACACUUUUCGAGCGUUUAAGCAGCGUUCAAUUUAAUUCACAGAACCUGUAAUCGAGUUCAACGUUAAUGUAAAAUUAGCCGUAUUCUUAGCGAUAUAUUCUGCAUGUCUAGUUUGAGUUUAUUACAUUGCUUAACAUGUGAUGUGGAUUGAUACAACGCGAUUGUUAUUGCCAUUUCAUCUAUGAUUAAGCAGAGGUUUUGUUGAUAAGUUAAUAUGCAAAACUAAGUUAUAAAUCGAUAUACAGGAUACUGGGUUUCGUUGCUGAGAUUACCGCGGUUGCUUGGCACUGGCACUGUUUUUUUUUUCUUUUGUAUCAUACUUCCGAUGUUUGUAUUGCGUCUUAGAAAAUUUUGCCUUUGAGAGCAUAUGUUAUGGGUUAUUUUUACGAAGAACAAGUGACAUGCAUUGCUUUUUUCCACUUCAAUUUUCACGCAUUCGCCGGCCUAUUGUACAAUAUUACUCCCGCCAUACGAUACCGCUACGGGUUCACAGAUGUACCACGGAUGCAUGUGUCAUGUGUUGAAGUCGGUUCUUUUUGUGUGUGUGUACCUCUAUACUUGACGUAUUUAUCAGUGCGCACUUUCGACUUGAGAUUUGAAAUGACGCAGUCUGUGUGGUCUUGCUUAAGUGUCCGAAAAACGUGCGCAGCUUGCAGUGGAACCUAACAAAAAUGCCCAUUAGCCACGCUUUCUUUAACAUGGUUGUCUGGAAUAAAACUGGGAUUCUGUGCAUCAGCCACACUAGAGCUGCUGGAAAUGGUUUCUAGUGGUGCUGUUAAAUGUUGAGCAACAUUGUUAAUAAAAACGUCCAGAAAAACGUGCUAUGUA